CUACUAUCUUUCUUUCUUCACAGUGCCGAACGGUACUUUACAACCACGACGACGAAGUUCGUACCCCACUGCAUUGUAGUUCUCGGCAAGCCACCAUGCCACUCGUGCUCGUGCUGCUGGUGGCGUGCCUGUGCAGCAUCCCGUACCGCUGCCAGGCCUUUCUCCCGGCACCCGUUUCCGUUCGGGCCGACGCCGGCGCCGCUGCCCCCCUCCGGAAUUUCCUCUCGGAUUGGCUCGGGUCCCUCCAGGACUCCAUGAACACCGGCGGCUCGUACAACCUCGGGAUCGACUACGAGGCCCUGGAAUACCCCGGUCCCGAGGUGGGAAAGAUGGCCCUCGAGAUCGCCGCCGGGGAACGGGCAGAAACCACGAGCACCAGCACCAGCAGCACACCGCGAGACGGGGGAUUCGUUUCCUCCCUCCCCCCGCGCCUUCCCUCGGACCCCCGCCUGGAACUCGCGACGCUGGCGGGGGGCUGCUUCUGGGGCCUGCAGCUGGCCCUCCAGCGCACCGAGGGGGUGGAGGUCACCCUGGUCGGGUACACCCGGGGGCCGGAGGCCCGACCGAACUACGACAUGGUGAGCGCCGGGAACACCUCCCACCGGGAGGCCGUCCUGGUGGGCUUCGACCCGGAGGUCGUCUCUUUUGGGGACCUGCUGCGGACCGCCUUUCUGGCCCGCGUCGACCUCUCGCAGGCCGGCGGCCAGGGGAGGGACGUGGGGGACCGGUACGCCACGGGCAUCUACUGCCACGCGUUGGAGCAGGAGGAGGAAGCCGCGCGGCUCCUGCGGGAGGAGGUCGCCACGAACCCCCGGUACAGGGGCCGGUCCCUUGCCACGGAGGUUGCGCCCGCGGCGGCCUUCUGGCCGGCCGAGGGGCACCACCAGAGGUACCUCGAAAAGGGGGGGAGGUUCGGUCGGCCCCAGUCGGCCGAGAAGGGCUGCACCGAAGAGAUCCGGUGCUACGGCUAGGCCCAAAGUGCAGGGCGGGAGCGAGCACGCACGGGCCGGCACGAGACGGAACGAGGAAACCAAACACAAAGACAAACCAAACCCAAACACAAACCAAAACAAACACAAACCGUUGGUUUCCGGCGGGCGUGGUGUCCGAGCGCCGAGGGAACCCACCCGAGCCAAGGGCGGACGCGAGUCCAACAAAGAAGGCAGCGCGUGAAUCGGGAUUGGAUUCGAUUGGAUUGGAUGGUCUGGGUUUGUCUUUGUCUUUGCUUAAUGCAUUGUGGCGAAUCGACUUCUCCGUCGGCCAGCGAUGCGACUCUGCGGAUGUAUCGUAUAGAAUUCUUCCAUGAUAAGUUAGU